ACAGUACUGAGUAGUAACGUCGACCUAUGCGUUUCAUCUUACCUGAUCGUCAAUUUAAUUGUGGACGCAGCAAUCUCAGAUCGAUCUUACAUUGUUCGAUAUGGGCCUACCCAUUAAAUAGGCGAAAUGUAAACAAGCAUCAAUCGAACCGACAUAAACAGCCGACAUUAAAGUAAUUUAUUAACGGCAUGAUUUGCAGAGGAGACCGAGGUGGCAAGGUGCCCAGAGGCCGACGGUUAAAUCUCUGCCUUCCAGGUGGGUUUAUUUUCGGCAAUACUACGAAACCCUACCCUCCACCAGGCUGACGAGCUGGGCCACUGAUCUUCUCAUUCCUCGAUCUCUUGUUGUUAACAGAAACCAUUACAACCGUUACUGGCGUCCAAAGGAAGACGCGUUUCCCUGGCGACAGAUAAGGACCAAAAUGAAAAAGUGAGAAAAAACAAUUUGUCUAGCAGGCUAGCAGACCUAAACCUUUACAAACAAUGAACUUCGACGAAUUUCUUAAAAUUCUAGGCGAGUUUGGUUCGUACCAAAAGCGAAGAUAUGCCUUGAUAUGCAUAAUGGCGUGUUACUCCGUAUUAUCUACAUUAGGCAUAGUGUUUUACGGCGCCGAACCUGAACACCAUUGUAAACUACCUACGUCACAGGUGGAACACGUGACCAAGCUGUAUGGAAACGUCACACGUGACGAGCUCUUAGAGCUGUUUGUACCGUACACGAAGGAAGGAAAACGAAGUGGUUGCGCACUGUAUCGCUUUAACCUAGGGUCCAUGAAUUCAACAGUCAUCGCAUUGCUGAAGAAUAGUUCCCUAGGUGGGGAUACUGUAGAUGAAAUUGCAUCAACGAUGAAUUAUACGCUUGAUAAUGACCCAGAUAUUAUCUGGAAUCUUACUCUUGGAGAGAGAACCGACGCCCAUCCUUGUCCUGGCCAAAGAGAGUACAGCAAGGAUAUCUAUAAAUCCACCGUUGUUUCUGAGUUUGACCUUACGUGUGAGAAUGCUUGGCAACUCAGCACGUGCAAUUCUGUAUUUUUCGGCGGUAAACUGGUGGCCUUGCUGGUAGCGGGCGUGAUGUCGGAUCGGUUCGGACGCCGUCCAGUUUUUCUGGUGAGCGUAAUACUUCUAGCAGCCUCUGGGAUUUCGCUGGCGUUUGCCCCAAAUAUGGCGGUGUUUUCCGUACUUUACGUUAUCCAGGGUGCAAGUGACGCCAGCAUGUAUAUGACGCUGUAUACCAUGGGGAUGGAAUUUGUGGGUCCGAGUAAGAGGAAGAUCACCGGCUUGUUUAUGACUGUUUGCUUUGGAUUAGGCCACUCGCUUUUAGCAAUCGAAGCGUACCUGCUCCCAAACUGGAGACAUCUAGCUUUGGUGGCAAGUUCACCAGGUGUUAUUUGCAUAUUCUUUUGGUUCUUCCUAUCAGAGUCCGUGCGCUGGUUACUAGCACGUGGCAGGCAUGAGGAGGCAAAGAAGAUCGUUAACAAAGUAGCCGUAGUUAACAAGGUUAAGCUUGAGGAGGCCACAUUGGAGCGUCUUUUCACAGAGGGAGACGAGGAAAAAAAGACAUCUACGCACACCCCUAUUGACUUGUUGAGAACUUGGAAUCGAGCGAAACUAACCAUUAUUAUCAUUAUAUGCUGGUUAAUAAACGACUUAUGCUACUAUGGUCUUGCUCUUCACGCCCAGGGGCUUGGUGGCAGCAUAUACCUGAACUUUGCCUUACUGGGAGCUGCAGACAUUCCAGGACAUAUAGUGGGCAUGUUCAUUUUGGAUAAAGUUGGGAGAAGGAAAAUUCUGCUAGUGACACUGCUACCCGGGGGAGUUGCCUGUAUAGUGUCAGGCUUGCUCACCAAAGCAAAUACCUACAGUGGUUGA